UCCCCUUCCUCUCCACCAGCACUGCUACUACCCCCUCUAGUCCCCCCUGCUGCAGAGAAAGAAAAUUACAUCAGGAUCCAUGCAGCCGGCGAUGAUGAUGUUUUCCAGUAAAUACUGGGCAAGGAGAGGGUUAUCCCUGGAUUCAGCGGUGCCCGAAGAGCUACUUGGCAGCUUAACACUAAAUAAAGGGAGCUCUGGCAAAAAUGACGACAAGAAAAGCAACAGGGGAAGCAACAAAAGCGAAACUGCUACCGAAAGUGGCAAGACAGCAGUUGUAUUCUCCUUGAAAAAUGAAGUUGGUGGAUUGGUAAAAGCUCUGAGACUCUUUCAGGAAAAACGUGUCAACAUGGUUCAUAUUGAAUCCAGGAAAUCUCGGAGAAGAAGUUCUGAGGUUGAAAUCUUUGUGGACUGUGAGUGUGGUAAAACAGAAUUCAAUGAGCUCAUUCAGUCAUUGAAAUUUCAAACCACAAUUGUGACUUUGAAUCCGCCGGAGAACAUUUGGACAGAGGAAGAAGAGCUAGAGGAUGUGCCCUGGUUCCCCCGGAAGAUCUCUGAGUUAGACAAAUGCUCUCACAGAGUUCUCAUGUAUGGUUCUGAGCUUGAUGCCGAACACCCAGGAUUUAAGGACAAUGUCUAUCGGCAGAGAAGAAAGUAUUUUGUGGACGUGGCCUUGGGUUAUAAAUAUGGUCAGCCCAUUCCCAGGGUGGAGUAUACAGAGGAAGAGACUAAAACUUGGGGCGUUGUGUUUCGGGAGCUCUCCAAACUCUAUCCCACUCAUGCUUGCCGGGAGUAUUUGAAAAACUUCCCUCUGCUGACUAAAUACUGUGGCUACAGGGAGGACAAUGUGCCUCAACUUGAAGAUGUCUCUUUGUUUCUGAAAGAAAGGUCUGGCUUCACGGUGAGGCCAGUGGCUGGAUACCUGAGUCCACGAGACUUUCUGGCAGGACUGGCCUACAGAGUGUUCCAUUGUACUCAGUACAUCCGGCAUGGCUCAGACCCCCUCUACACCCCAGAACCAGACACGUGUCAUGAACUCCUGGGUCAUGUUCCAUUACUUGCGGAUCCUAAAUUUGCUCAAUUUUCACAAGAGAUAGGCUUGGCAUCUCUGGGAGCAUCAGACGAUGAUGUUCAGAAACUAGCUACGUGCUAUUUCUUCACGAUUGAGUUUGGUCUUUGCAAACAAGAAGGGCAGCUGCGGGCAUAUGGAGCAGGACUACUCUCCUCCAUUGGAGAAUUAAAGCAUGCUCUUUCUGACAAGGCAUGUGUGAAAGCCUUUGACCCAAAGACAACCUGUCUACAGGAAUGCCUUAUCACCACCUUCCAGGAAGCCUACUUUGUUUCAGAAAGUUUUGAAGAAGCCAAAGAAAAGAUGAGGGACUUUGCAAAGUCAAUUACCCGUCCCUUCUCUGUAUACUUCAAUCCCUACACGCAGAGUAUUGAAAUUCUGAAAGACACCAGAAGUAUUGAAAACGUGGUGCAGGACCUCCGCAGUGAUUUGAACACAGUGUGUGAUGCCUUAAACAAAAUGAACCAGUAUCUGGGAAUCUGAUGCUUGGGACCAGUGUUUUUGCCGGCAUGGUGUCUCAGAACUUAGCAGCAAUUCAGUCAGUAUCAUAUAACACCAGUAACUUUCUGUAUCACAGCUAGGC